GCUUCCUUUCGUUCAUUCCUUCCCACCACAGACAUCAUAACACAGUAGUCCUCUUCGUCAUGAACGAUCCCUCAUUCCACUGCGUCCAAAUGAACCUAAGGCCCACAAGGCUGCUGAUUCCCCAACACCUUCAGUGUCUCAUUCUUUUCCCUCCCUUCUCUCAGACUGACGGUCAUCAGUCCUCGUUUGGAAACUUAGCUGGUGGUGGUGAUCCGAUGGCGCAGGUAGGUGGAUCAUUCCGCACGAGAUACGAGGCGCCUGUGGGAGAGAACCUUUUCCCUUUGGCACGGCACGCGCUGAACUGCAACUACCUACUACAGUGUCACUGGCAUUGUGGAACCUGGAUGCCUUAAUGAUGUGCUAUGGAGUGGAACCGCUGCCUUCGAGACCAUCUGUUUCGAGACCACGGUAAUAAAUGCAAGCAACUUUUUGCAGAAAUGGAGUCACUUGACCGAGAAAGACGGAGAAGAAAGAGAGGAUAUGUCGCUAACCUUCCCAUGAAUGAGUCUGUGGUUUACUGUUAAAUAUAUGCUACUAUGUCUCUCAGUUCUUCAGUGUUACGGUGGGAGAGGAGAGGAGAGAGAGAGAGAGAGAGGAUGUUGGCCGCCGACAAGAUGUCGGAUUUGGUGUCAUCGCUGAAACCUGACGGGGUGUCAUCGAGAGAUUCGCCCGACCUAGCAUAGGAAUGGUGGCAUAGUUUGCCUGCUUUCGUUACAUGUAUAUUUAUCUUGGAUUCCUUUGACUCCACUCGUCCCCGUCGCUCUCCCAAGUUUGCUGCUUCGACGUCGUCGCCGCGAGAGGUGUUGGGGCGGUGACGGAUGAUGGAGGAGCUCCACCACCAGUUCUCGCACGUCAUGCCGCCACCCCCGGUGCCGCAGCAGCAGGGCGGCCAGCGCGGGUGCCUCCUCCCCUCGUCGCCGGGAGAUGGUGGCGCAGGAGAGGAGGAGGAGGCAUCGGCGGCGGGGGAGACGGAGAGGGCCAGGUGCAAGGCGAAGAUUGUGGGGCACCCCUUGUUCGAGCAGCUGCUGUCGGCCCACGUGGCGUGCCUGCGGAUCGCCACGCCGGUAGACCAGCUGCCGAGGAUCGAGGCCCAGCUCUCCCAGUCUCACCACGUCGUCGCCAAGUACACGGCCGCCGCCGCCUCCUCCGCCGGUGCUAACCCAGACAACAGGGAACUCCAUCAAUUCAUGGCAAACUAUGUGUUGUUGCUCUGUUCCUUCAAGGAGCAACUACAGCAGCAUGUUCGUGUCCACGCAAUGGAUGCGGUGAUGGCCUGUUGGGAGCUUGAGCAGAACCUUCAAAGCUUGACCGGUGUCUCUCCAGGUGAAGGGACCGGCGCGACCAUGUCCGAUGACGAGGAAGAUGAAGCAGACGGCGACGUCACCCUGUUCGACGCAAGUUUGGAUGGAACUGAGGACAUGGGGUUUGGUCUUCCCACCGAGAGAGAGCGCUCCUUGAUGGAACGCGUCAGGCAGGAGCUGAAGCAUGAGCUGAAGCAGGGCUACAAAGAGAAGCUUAUGGACAUCAGAGAAGAGAUACUACGGAAGCGAAGAGCUGGGAAGCUGCCAGGAGACACUACUACUCUUCUGAAAGCAUGGUGGCAGUCCCACUCCAAAUGGCCUUACCCUACUGAAGAUGACAAGGCUCGACUGGUGCAGCAAACAGGGUUGCAACUGAAGCAGAUCAACAACUGGUUCAUCAACCAAAGGAAGAGGAACUGGCAGAGCAACCCUUCCCCCUCUACUUCUCUCAAGAGUAAACGUAAGAGGGUGACGACAAUGCCCGAAGCUUCAUGAAGAAUUGAUCAUGUCCUCCUAACUUCGAAAUGUUUGUUCUCUGGGAAGGCUAAGUUGUAAUGUUGCUGCUACUAAAGCAUUCAGUAUGUGGACUUGUUAUUACUACUGUCGAGGUUGCGUGGGUGUCACGU